AGAUCCUUGAAAUUUUAUUUAGUCCUGCCCCAGCUGUGAAAGUGAUAAAACCUAAAGUAAUAGUAUAACCUAUAUCCAAAGAACCAAUAACUGUGAAAACUUCUGCUUUAAAAUGAAAAUGUUUAACGAAAAUCUUUUCCUUACGUCGACGGUGUCUCAGUUUCCGUUGGAAACAUAUCGGAUUUACCCCAUAAAGGGUGGCAUUGACUUUGGCGAAUUCUUUGAUCAAUGCGAAAUGAAUCUUGUUCAAACUUUAUUCAAAUGCUUGACCGAAUACAUAAACAUCAAAUUCAACCUCAAAGUAUUUGUGUCAUACACCCGAGAAGAUGAGGAAGGAAACCUUUUGUUAAUGGAAAAACAUUUUGAAGCUCCAUAUAUGGUUACAAACUGUAUAAAGUCCGCACUCAAAGAAUUGGGCGAGGCUGUUACCAGCUUAAAUACCAUGAGCACUGAGUUUAUGAGCAAGGAUUCGGGCUGGUCCAUACAUACUCUGGAAUAUUUUGAGAUCACCGCCAUAAAAUUGGAUGAAUUGCCAAAGCCAGAUGCAACGGAGCAUGCAGAGGUCGAGGCCUCAUAUCCCGAACCAAAUUCCAAAAUGGCUUUUCAAUCAUUUUACAAAAACAUAACACCGCCGAUUGUGAUCUAUGCUGGAAUAAAGGUGGUGGAAGGAAACUAUCAAGACGUUUCCAUGUCCUCCACUAAGGAAGUGCAAACUCCCACCGCUUGUGCAGCUUCAUUUUACAUAAUUCAUCACUACAAUAAUAGUAUGAACGAAAUGUUUACAUUCGAAGGUUCUGACUGCUUAAAAAUGUUUUGUAGCAAGCUUAAUGAAGAAACCACAAGACUCUAUGACAAAUAUUGGAAAAGGGAAAGGAUGCCAAACAUGAUGUUUGGUAAAAGUUAUAUAGAAAAUGAAAAAUGCUUUGUAUGUGAAAGAUCAAUCAACCCGGAAGAAUGGGACGUAUGCUUCAAUCAAUUCAAUGGGAAAGCAAUGGGGCCUGUUCAUUCAGCCUGCAAGUUAGAGUACAAAUUAUUAGACCCAUCGUUCCCAGUUAUUUUCGAAAAUUUCACGACACACACUAUGAACUUAUUAUUGAGUGAAUUAGGAGAAGAUAUGGAACUUCUCCCAGAUGAUACGGAGUUAUAUUCUACAAUAACCCAACGAGUUCAACUUGACACCACAAAUUCUUACAAAAUAUGUUUCCUAAACAAAAACAACUUUUUUAACUUCAACCUCGAGUACAUGGGGAGUUACAUGGACGUACAAGAUUUUCAGCAUUUAAAAACCAGGUUUCCAGGAAAUAAAUCGGAUAUGAUGUUUCGGAAAUUUGUAUAUCCGAACGACUACAUGGAUAAUCUUGAUAAGUUAAAAGAAACAAAGCUUCCGGACAUAAAUCAAUUUUUUAACACCCAUGACGGUGAUAAGGAUAAUAUUGAGGAUUAUUACUUUGCCCAAAAAGUGUGGACAACUUUUGGUUGCACUAACAUUCUCGAGUAUAUUAAGUUGUACUUGGAAAGAGAUGUUAUUAUUUUGGCUGAUGUAUUCGAGAAUUUUAGAAAUACUUGUAAUAAAAUAUACAACUUGGAGCCUGUACACUAUGCCACUGCCGAUUCAAUGUCGUGGGACGCGAUGCUAAAAUGCACCAAAGUGCAACUAGAUUUAAUCAGUGAUCCUGAAAUGGCCAAAUUUAUAAACUCAGCCAGGCGUGAAGGGCUAAUGCAAUGCACCACACGGAUGAUGGAAGCCAAUAAUAAAUACAUGCAGAACUUCAAUCCCAGAAAGCCAAUUAAACAUUUGACAUGUCUUGAGGCCAAUAAUUUGUACGAAUGGGCGAUGAGUCAAUUAUUGCCAUUCUCACAUUUCAAAUUCUUAAGCAGCAACGAAAUCCAGACACUUGAUUUUCAAAACAUAUGUCCAGAUGGCGAAAUAGGAUAUCUUCUAGAAGUGGAUUUGAAGUAUCCCCAUCAUCUGCAUAAUCCCCAUAACUUCUUGCCAUUUUGCCCCAUCAACAGGAUACCGCCUGGAAAAAAGAUCUCCAUCGUGAUGGCAGAUUUGAAUGAUAAAAAGAACUAUAUUUUACACUUAAAACAUCUGCAACUAUGUUUACAACAAGGACUGAUUCUUGAAAACAUACACAGGGUAUUGUCCUUUCAGCAAUCCUGUUGGCUAAAGCCGUACAUUGACUUGAAUCUAAAUCAAUCGUCUAAAAAUGAAUAUGAAACGAGAUUUUUUGAAUCCAUGAACUACGCCAUAUAUAAGAGAAGUAUGAAGAAGCCAGAAGAAUGCUGUGAAAUAGUCCUGAUUUCGAAAAAUAAUUCGAAACAAAACGAUUUUUUAAAACUUAUAGCUAACAAUGAUGUUCAAAGUGUGGAUAUAUUCGGAGAAAAUUUAGCUUCGAUUAAGAAAAGAACUUCCAAUGUUUUCUACAAUGAACCAACAUACAUUGGUGUUGCCGUUUCUGAAUUAACAAAAUGGAAAAUGUACAAUUAUUAUUAUAACUUCCUGCUUGUCAAGUGCCCUUCCCUCGAGAAGGCCUAUAUGGACAAUAACCUAUUUAUCGUGUCUAUGGAAGAAGAUAUUUACAGUUUUAUCCAGGAGAAUCCUGACCAUUUCGAUACUUCCAAUUUUGAUGACAAUAGAUUCAAUAUAGAACCAAAAAAUAAAAACAAGCUAGGUCUUUUAAAAGACAAAUCUGCAGGUCGUAUAAUGGCAGCAUUUGCUGGACUAAAAACUAGAGUUUACACUUGUAUGCAAGAAGAUGAAGAUAGUGAUUGAAAUGUGUUAGAUUUAUGCUUUAAGAUUUGUAUAAAUAAAAAUUGUAUAAUUA